CCGCCGCCCCGGCCCCCGUCGCCGCAGCCGCCCCCGGGCCAGGCCGCCACGCCUCCGUCGGGGGGCAAAACCAAGCGGAAGCGCCCCGGCUCGGACUCCAAGUCGGGCAAGCCCCGGCGGGCGCGGACGGCCUUCACCUACGAGCAGCUGGUGGCGCUGGAGAACAAAUUCAAGGCCACGCGGUACCUGUCCGUGUGCGAGCGCCUCAACCUGGCGCUCUCGCUCAGCCUGACCGAGACGCAGGUCAAGAUCUGGUUCCAGAACCGGCGCACCAAGUGGAAGAAGCAGAACCCCGGCGCCGACACCAGCGCCCCGACGGGCGGAGGAGGCGGCGGGGGCGGCGGAGCCGGCGGGGUGGGCGGCGGGCCCGGCGGGGGCGCGGGGGGCCUCUCCGGGGCGCUCAGCCCGCUCAGCCACUCCCCGCCCAUGGUCAACCACGGCCUGGCCAUGCACGGCCCGCCCGGCGCCUACAGCCACUCGGCCGGCGGGCUGGUGUGCGCCGCCCAGCUGCCCUUCCUGCCCGGCCCGGCCGCCGUGCUCUCGCCCUUCGUGCUGGGCUCGCAGACCUACGGCGCGCCCGCCUUCUACACGCCGCACCUCUGA